UAAGUGACAACAAACCUGUUACAUCUUAUAAACUAAAAGUUAUUCCUUAAGUAAGAAGUAAUUUUGCAAAACGUCUUUAAUAGUUUGCGAUGACUUUUGUAUUUUGCAAUUCCUGUUCAUUACCAUUUGGCAGAAUAAAGUUUUAUUUAACCGAAUGUGGCCAUAUCUUUUGUGAAAAGUGCAUCCGCGCUGUCACGCGACAUAAGAAAUGCACAAUGUGCCAAAAAGGUACACGCGCUAUGGAGAUAUCAGCAAAGAUGGAUUUUCAAACUCAGAUGUACUUUUACCCUUUUUCAUCCAUUUUGGACCAAUCUCUUAAGGUCUACAACUUUCAAAUGAUGCACAAGCGUAUCUACGAAGAGUCCGUCAUGAAAAAAUAUAAUUGUGCAAAGAAACAAUGCGUGCACUAUCACAACAUUCUCGUGAAACUACAAACGGAAGUGGAGGAGUUAAAACAGCUCUUAAAACAACAUGGACAUGAGAUUCCAUCGCCCAAGCCACCCUCAGGUCCUUUGUCGAGCAGUACGCCUCUGUCACAGGCAAAUAUCACCUUUAACACUUUCGGCAAUCAGAGUAUAUCAAACAUGUCUAUGGUUACCCCAGCAAGCGUGCCGGGGACUGCAUUUAGAAUCAAAAAUCCGGUAGUACCGUCUGUGCCAACGCCAGUGCAUACUCCUGCGGCAUCUACCAGUAGCAGCCCAUCUCCAUUGCAACGUGUACCUAAAGGUAUAAUGGCGCCAAUACAUGAUCCCAAUAAACCUCGCAAGUUUUUUAAUGCUUUUGCUCAUCGUGCCCUUACAAGACAACCGCCACUGGUCCGUAGAACACCUGGGUACGGCCUGACUCCAGCGAACGAAUGCCCUAAAGAGUAAAAUAUUUUUACAAUUUUUUUGAAUAUUAUUUAGAGUUUUUGUUAAAAAAUGUAGUAGUUAGUAAAGUUUCGUUUUGUUAAAAAAUGUAGUAGUAACUACAUUUUUAACAAAUACAUAUAUUACUAUAUUUUGCAUAAACCUUUAGAGGUUUACAAAUGUUUUGCUGUUCACUUUUAGGUUUAUGUAUACUUUUGUAUCUAAUUUUGUUUGAGGAACUGACUUUCAAUAAAGAAAUAAAGAAUAAACGGAAUUAAUGCUAUAAGUGAACAUAGAAGAUCUCAAAGGCUUAAAUGAGAUAACAUAUUUAUUCUGGCAGUUAUUUUAAAGUUUCACCAUCACCAGUAGAAACAGUGUUUUAUUAUAGGUUAAAUUUAGGUUUUUAAAGUAUUUGGAAGUACU